CUGAUGGAUUGAUUGGGGAGGAGGAAUGGAGAAAGAGGAUGACCUUUCAGUUUUGGCCCAAAUAACUGAAUGACAUGUGGUGCAAUUUCUGGAUGGGGAAGCCUGGAAGAGACAGGCUUUAGGGGUAAGAACAAGAGCUCCAUUUUGUACGUAUUAGAGAGAUUUAUUAAAGAUCUCAGAGAAGGUGUCCCAUAAGCAGUUGAAUUCAUGAGCCUGGAGCUCAGGGCAGAAGUUAGGGGCCAGCAAGAGAAGUUUGGGAAUCUUCAUUGGUUAUAGACGGUAUUUAAAGUCAGGAGGUAAUAGGUGAUAAGUCUAGAUUAAGGAGAGGGUCAAAGAUUGAGCCCUGAGGCACUUCAACAUUUAAACUUCAGGAGAAGCCCAUUAGAUACAAAGGAAACCUGUAGAGAGUAGUGUCCCUGAAGAAAACAAAGGAAGGAGGGAGGGAGUGACCAAGUGUAUCAGAUGUUGUUGGGAGAGUGAGUAGGAUGGCCCCAGAUCUGUUGACUUUGGCAAGUGUGAAUUCAGGCAAUGGUGGCAACAAAAGCAUGAUUGUAGUGAUUUGAGAGCUGACAGAACUACAGGGGCACCUUACUCAAGCUCCCGUAUUAAGUGGUAGAGUUAGAAGUGAACCAAAGUCUUGAUUGUGGUGAUAGUUUACUGGGUUUAUGCAUGUCAAAACUUAUUUAAAUGUAUACUUUGAAGUUUAUUUUGGGUACCAUUUUAUUUUGUGUACAGUUUAUUGUAUGUCAAGUAUAUCUCAGUAAAGCUGUUACCAGAAAAAAAAGAAAAAAAAAAAUGAACCGGAGCUCCACUGCACCAUGACUUCUGCAUGUUGGGCUCCAGUUCCCUGUUUACAGUUGUACACUUCGGGAUUUUGUGACACAUUUCAACACUGGACCGAUCAGACCUCUCCCUUAGUCAUUGGACUGCGCUGUCUUUUCUGCCCGUGACCCAGUCUCGCGCCCCAUGACCCUCUCCUAAAACACGCGCAGUCUCCUCUCUUCCCCUUCCUCUCUUGUCUCUUCCUUGCCUACCAGCCUCACCUGAUGGGCUCGUGUUCUCUCCGUCCCCGAUCCACUCGGGCUCCGGCGGCUGCUGCUUGGGCGCCUUCGGCAUCGCGGUGGCAGUUAGAGCUAGAAACGAGAGUUACAGAUAGAAACUAGAAUAUGCUUUAAAAAAAAAAAAAAAGUAUGCCUCAACUCCUUCAUACUAGUAGGAAAUUAUUAUGGUCAUUCCUGGAGUCUCGCGGCGUCGGGAGGUCACGGCGUCAGGCUUCCCAGACCGUCGUAAACGCCAUGUGGACGCGACUGGAGUAGGCGGACGCCGGCCCCGCCCCGUCAUUGCAGGCCACGCCUCCACUGUACCAGGGCCACGCCCCCGAGAUGACGGCGAAGCUCGCACGUGCGCAGCCCGGGGUGGGGUUGGCCGCGGCGGCUGGGAGAACCAGCCUCAUCGGGGUUCCCCGCCGCCGGAAGCGGAAAUAGCACUGGGCGCCGCCACAGCAGCUGUAACUGCUACCGCGAUGCCGAAGGCGCCCAAGCAGCAGCCGCCGGAGCCCGAGUGGAUCGGGGACGGAGAGAGCACGAGCCCAUCAGACAAAGUGGUGAAGAAAGGGAAGAAGGACAAGAAGAUCAAAAAAACGUUCUUUGAAGAGCUGGCAGUAGAAGAUAAACAGGCUGGGGAAGAAGAGAAAGUACUCAAGGAGAAGGAGGAGCAGCAGCAGCAGCAACAGCAGCAACAGCAGCAAAAAAAGAAGCGAGAUACCCGAAAAGGCAGGCGGAAGAAGGAUGUGGAUGAUGAUGGGGAGGAGAAAGAGCUCAUGGAGCGUCUUAAGAAGCUCUCAGUGCCAGCCAGUGAUGAGGAGGAUGAGGUACCUGCCCCAAAACCCCGCGGAGGGAAGAAAACCAAGGGUGGUAAUGUUUUUGCAGCCCUGAUUCAGGAUCAGAGUGAGGAAGAGGAUGAGGAAGAAAAACAUCCUCCUAAGCCUGCCAAGCCAGAGAAGAAUCGGAUCAAUAAGGCCGUAUCUGAGGAACAGCAGCCUGUGCUCAAGGGCAAAAAGGGAAAGGAAGAGAAGUCAAAAGGGAAGGCUAAGCCUCAAAAUAAAUUCGCUGCUCUGGACAAUGAAGAGGAGGAUGAAGAAGAAGAAAUAAUAAAGGAAAAGGAGCCUCCCAAACAAGGGAAGGAGAAGGCCAGGAAGGCAGAGCAGGGUUCAGAGGAAGAAGGAGAAGGGGAAGAAGAGGAGGAGGAAGGAGGAGAGUCUAAGGCAGAUGAUCCCUAUGCUCACCUUAGCAAAAAGGAGAAGAAAAAGCUGAAAAAACAGAUGGAGUAUGAGCGCCAAGUGGCUUCAUUAAAAGCAGCCAAUGCAGCUGAAAAUGACUUCUCCGUGUCCCAGGCAGAGAUGUCCUCCCGCCAAGCCAUGUUAGAAAAUGCAUCUGACAUCAAGCUGGAGAAGUUCAGCAUCUCCGCUCAUGGCAAGGAGCUGUUCGUCAAUGCAGACCUGUACAUUGUAGCCGGCCGCCGCUACGGGCUGGUGGGGCCCAAUGGCAAGGGCAAGACCACGCUCCUCAAGCACAUUGCCAACCGAGCCCUGAGCAUCCCUCCCAACAUUGAUGUGUUGCUGUGUGAGCAAGAGGUGGUAGCAGAUGAGACACCAGCAGUCCAGGCUGUUCUUCGAGCUGACACCAAGCGAUUAAAGCUGCUGGAAGAGGAGCGGCGGCUUCAGGGACAGCUGGAACAAGGAGAUGACACAGCUGCUGAGAGGCUAGAGAAGGUGUAUGAGGAAUUGCGGGCCACUGGGGCAGCAGCUGCAGAGGCCAAAGCACGGCGAAUCCUGGCUGGCCUCGGCUUUGACCCUGAAAUGCAGAAUCGACCCACACAGAAGUUCUCAGGGGGCUGGCGCAUGCGUGUCUCCCUGGCCAGGGCACUGUUCAUGGAGCCCACACUGCUGAUGCUGGAUGAGCCCACCAACCACCUGGACCUCAAUGCUGUCAUCUGGCUCAAUAACUACCUCCAGGGCUGGCGGAAGACCUUGCUGAUUGUCUCCCAUGACCAGGGUUUCUUGGAUGAUGUCUGCACUGAUAUCAUCCACCUCGAUGCCCAGCGGCUCCACUACUAUAGGGGCAAUUACAUGACCUUCAAAAAGAUGUACCAGCAGAAGCAGAAAGAACUGCUGAAGCAGUAUGAGAAGCAAGAGAAAAAGCUGAAGGAGCUGAAGGCAGGCGGGAAGUCCACCAAGCAGGCGGAAAAACAAACGAAGGAAGCCCUGACUCGGAAGCAGCAGAAAUGCCGACGGAAAAACCAGGAUGAGGAAUCCCAGGAGGCCCCUGAGCUCCUGAAGCGCCCUAAGGAGUACACUGUGCGCUUCACUUUUCCGGACCCCCCACCACUCAGCCCUCCUGUGCUGGGUCUGCAUGGUGUGACAUUCGGCUACGAGGGCCAGAAACCACUCUUUAAAAACCUGGAUUUUGGCAUCGACAUGGAUUCAAGGAUUUGCAUUGUGGGCCCUAAUGGUGUGGGGAAGAGUACGCUACUCCUGCUGCUGACUGGCAAGCUGACACCGACCCAUGGGGAAAUGAGAAAGAACCACCGGCUGAAAAUUGGCUUCUUCAACCAGCAGUAUGCAGAGCAGCUGCGCAUGGAGGAGACGCCCACUGAGUACCUGCAGCGGGGCUUCAACCUGCCCUACCAGGAUGCCCGCAAGUGCCUGGGCCGCUUCGGCCUGGAGAGUCACGCCCACACCAUCCAGAUCUGCAAACUGUCUGGUGGUCAGAAAGCGCGAGUUGUGUUUGCCGAGCUGGCCUGUCGGGAGCCUGAUGUCCUCAUCUUGGAUGAGCCAACCAAUAACCUGGACAUAGAGUCUAUUGAUGCUCUAGGGGAGGCCAUCAAUGAAUACAAGGGUGCUGUGAUCGUUGUGAGCCAUGAUGCCCGACUCAUCACAGAAACCAACUGCCAGCUGUGGGUGGUGGAGGAGCAGAGUGUUAGCCAAAUCGAUGGUGACUUCGAAGACUACAAGCGGGAGGUGUUGGAGGCCCUGGGUGAAGUCAUGGUCAGCCGGCCCCGAGAGUGAGCUUUCCUUCCCAGAAGUCUCCCGAGAGACAUACUUGUGUGGCCUAGAAGUCCCCUGUGGUCUCCCCUUCUCAUCUGAAGACUGCCUCUGGCCUGUAGCUGACCUGGCAACCACUCAGGCACCGGAAAGUGGAGUGUGACCUUGAUCCCACUCUGACUGCAUCCAUUUCUCUGAAAGACUUGUUUGUUCUGCUUUUCUUCAUAUAACUGAGCUGGCCUUAUCCUUGGCAUCCCCCUAAACAAACAAGAGGUGACCACCUUAUUGUGAGGUUCCAUCCAGCCAAGUUUAUGUGGCCUAUUGUCUCAAGACUGUCAUCACUCAGAAGCCUGCCUCUGGUUUACCCUACAGCUUCAGGCCCAGCUGCCCCCUGGUCUUUGGGUGGUGCUGUUCUUUUCUGGUGGAUUUAAUGCUGAGUCACUGGUACAAACAGCUGUUGAAGCUCAGAGCUGGAGGUGAGCUUCUGAGGCCUUUGCCAUUAUCCAACCCAAGAUUUGGUGCCUGCAGCCUCUUGUCUGGUUGAGGACUUGGGGCAGGAAAGGAAUGCUGCUGAACUUGAAUUUCCCUUUACAAGGGGAAGAAAUAAAGGAAAGGAGUUGCUGCCGACCUGUCACUGUUUGGAGAUUGAUGGGAGUGUUGGAACUGUUCUCGGUCUUGAUUUGCUUUAUUCAGUUUUCUAGCAGCUUUUAAUAAUCCCCUCAUCCCCACUAAAUGGAUCUUGUUUGCA